AAUGCAUGCUUUGCUAAGUAAUCUGGGAAGAGAAAUUGUCCGUCCAAAGUCAGAUGAAAAUCGUCGAUGGAUCUACGACGUGUUCCUGAGCUUCAGAGGGGAAGACACUCGUUCCGGCUUCAUUUCUCAUCUCCAUAAUGACCUCUCAAGAUGUGGAAUCCACACUUACAUCGAUAACAACCUUGAGAAGGGAACGGAGUUGGGACCUGAACUAUUGCGAGCAAUAGAAGGGUCUCAUAUAUGUAUUGUUGUUUUCUCCGAAAACUAUGCAGAUUCUAGUUGGUGCCUUAAGGAGCUGACAAAAAUAAUGGAAUGCUGCCAAGUAAGUUAUGACCAGAGGGUUUUGCCCAUAUUUUACGGUGUUGACCCAUCUGAUGUACGUAAACAGACUGGUGCUUUUGGAAAAGCCUUUGAAAAAUUUUCAGACAGAUAUUAUUCACAGGAAGUGUUGUCCAGUUGGAAGAGUGCACUCACCCAAGCUGCAAAUGUGUCUGGUUGGGAUAUGAGGAAUUGCAGGAGUGAAGCUGAACAAGUGGUAAGAAUUGUUCGUGAUGUUUUAAGAAGACUAAACAACACAUUUUUAUCCAUUACCGAUUUUCCAGUUGGCUUAGAAUCCCAUGUGAAAAAAGUGAUUGGGUUUAUCGAAAACCAAUCAAGCAAAGUUUGUAUGGUAGGGAUCUGGGGUAUAGGUGGAUCGGGUAAAACAACCACAGCCAAAGCCAUUUACAAUGAAAUUCAUCGCAGGUUUGUGGACAGAAGUUUCAUUGAAAAUAUUAGAGAAGUUUGUGAACAAGAUAGUAGAGGGAAAAUUGAUUUACAAGAACAACUUCUUUUAGAUGUCCUUAGAACAGAGGUGAAUAUCCAUAGCAUUGCAAUGGGAACAACUAUAAUCAAAAAAAGACUUUGUGGAAAAAGGGUACUUGUUGUGUUUGAUGAUGUGUCUAAGUUGGGGCAGUUAAAGGCCCUAUGUGGAAAUCGUGAACUGUUUGGUGAAGGAAGUGUAAUAAUCAUUACAACUAGAGAUAUACGCCUCCUUACAGAACUUGAGGUCGACUGCGUUUAUGAAAUGGAGAAAAUGAAUGAAAAUGAGUCCCUUGAGCUCUUUAGUUGGCAUGCUUUUAGGGAAGCAAGACCAAGAGAAGACUUGAUUGAACUCUCACAAAGUAUAGUUGCUUACUGUGGGGGACUACCACUUGCUCUCGCAGUCCUUGGAUCUUUCUUACAUGACAGGACAAAAAAACAAUGGGAAAGUGUAUUAUCAAAACUAAAAAUAAUUCCCAAUGAACAAGUUCAAAAGAAACUAAGAAUAAGCUUUGAUGGUUUGGAAGAUCAGAUGGAAAGGGAUAUAUUUCUUGACAUAUGUUGUUUCUUUAUUGGUAAAGACAGAGUCUAUGUUACUGAGAUACUGAAUGGCUGUGAACUUCAUGCUGAUAUUGGAAUAACAGUGUUGAUAGAAAGGUGCCUCGUAAAAGUUGAAAAGAAUAACAAGCUCGGAAUGCAUGAUUUGCUACGUAAUAUGGGAAGAGAAAUUGUCCGUCAAAGUUCACCAGAGGAACCUGAGAAGCGUAGUCGAUUGUGGGUUCAUAAGGAAGUACUUGACGUGUUAAUGGAACAUACUGGAACAAAGGCUAUUCAGGGAUUGGCUUUCAAGUUGCAAGGAACUAAUACAGAUUGCUUCGAUACCAAAGCAUUUGAGAAAAUGAAGAGACUGAGACUUCUGCAUCUUGAUUGUGUAAAACUUGAUGGAGAUUAUGAGUAUCUUCCCAAGCACCUGAGAUGGGUCUAUUGGCAGGGAUUUCCUUUAAAAUACAUACCUGACAUUUUUUCUCUGGAAAAAGUAGUUGCUAUUAGCUUAAAACAUAGUAAUCUAAAACUAGUAUGGAAGGAGCCCCAGUUGCUGGAGAGGUUGAAAUUCCUCAAUCUCAGUCAUUCCACGGACUUGACAAACACCCCUGACUUUUCAAAACUUCCGAAUCUAGAAAAGCUCAUUCUCAAGGACUGUCCAAGUUUGUCCGAGGUACACCAAUCCAUUGGAGAUCUAAGUAAACUUCUUCUGCUAAAUUUGAAGGACUGUACAAGCCUUAGCAAUCUCCCAAAAAGGAUCUAUGAGUUGAAAUCUGUGAAAAUUCUGAUCAUUUCUGGUUGUUCAAAGAUUGACAAGUUAGAAGAUGAUAUAGAGCAAAUGGAAUCCUUGACAACUCUAAUUGCAAAAGAUACAGCUGUAGAAGAAUUUCCCCGUAUAAUAGUAAGAUUGAAAAGCAUUGCAUAUAUAUCCCUAUGUGGAUAUGAAGGAUUAUCACGGGAUAUUUUUCCUUCUCUCAUAUGGUCUUGGAUGUCACCAACAAAGGGGAUUUCCCCAUUCAGGGGCAUGUCAUCUUCUCUAAUUUCCAUUGAAGCGCAGGACAAUAAUUUGGGAUAUCUAUCAUCAAUGCUUCUGAAUCUUUCCAAGCUUCGAGGUGUUUUGGUGCAAUGCAGCUCCGAGUUUCAAUUGACUCAAGAAUUAAAAAGAAUCCUAAAUUUUACUGAAUCGAACACAUCAUCAUCAUCUGCGUCACAAAUUUCAGAUCUUUCAUUGAGAUCGCUUUCGAUUGGAAUGGGAAGUUACUCCAUGGUCAUCGAUAUUCUUAAGGAGAGCAUAUCACAGGGAUUGACAAACAAUGCUUCCAAUGAUUUUUUCCUUCCGGGUGAUAAUUGUCCUAAUUGGCUAGCUUAUACCAAUGAAGGACAUUCAGUGUUUUUUCAAGUGCCUGCGGAUAGUGAUUUUCACAUGAAGGGUAUGAUUUUAUAUGUUGUUUAUUCAUCAAACCCUGAAAACAUGGCAGUUGAAAGUGUUGUAAGUGUCUUAAUCAUUAAUUACACAAAGUGCACCAUCCUGAUAUACAAGGGAGACACUGCAAUGUCUUUUAAUGAUGAAGAUUGGGAGGGGUUAAUAUCAAAUCUAGGAGCAGGUGACAAUAUUGAGAUUUUUGUAGCAUUUGAGAAUGGAAUGAUUGUUAAGGAGACAUAUAUCUAUCUGACAUGUGGCCAGUCAAUUAUUGUGGAAAUGGAGCCAUCACCUGAAUUGAACGUGCAACCAUCAUCUAAUGUGAAAGUGGAGCCAUCACCGAAGCCUAAUGAAAAUAUCUUCACAAUACUUAUCAAGAGAAUGGGAGAAUGUUUAGGCUUGAACUGGAACUGAGGUUUCAACAAUUUUUGAUUGGGCAUGUCAUUGUCAUAAUAUAGGUUCCCUUGUUUUGUGAUUUGCAUUGGAAAGUCUUGUUAAAAGUCCAUUUCUUGUUAUUAUAAAUCUCAUGAUUGCUUGACAAUACAAGGUAUAAUGCUAUAGAACUGUGAGGAAAAUAUUU